UCGCAGGCUUCGCGGAGACCCCUACUCCAGUUUGCCUUUGGUUGGGAACACACCCCGGGGGAAAGAGACGUGCAGGCAUCUGGGCCGCCGCGGGCACCUAGCUGUUCCUGGGUGAACCCCGACUGCAGCCACCGCCGCCUGGGGCAGAGUUUGCGCCCCUGAUUUGCGCCCUGGGCGCCAGAGCCCAGCGAGCGAUGCCUGCGGCGUGAAAGCGCCCACAGCGGGCGCCGACCUCUGCCCUGGUCUCCUGCCCCCAUCUCACCCCCUACCCUUGUGACCCUGGCUUCGGCGCCGCCGCCCAGGCGCCCCGCGAUGUAGCUGCCCCCACGCCUCGGCGGGAGGCGUCCUGGCCCUCGGGCGCCCGGGGCCCGGAGCCCGGCCUGGGGGCGCAGCCGAGCUCGGGCGGGGCCGGGGCCGCGGUGGCGAUGCACUGGGCCGGUUAACGCCGGGAGCGCCAGGCAGCUGAGGCGAGGGGCAAGCCCUUCCUCGGGGCAGCCGCGUCCCCGGUCCCGCCGCGAUGCUGUUCCACAGUCUGUCGGGCCCCGAGGUGCACGGGGUCAUCGACGAGAUGGACCGCAGGGUCAAGAGCGAGGCUCCGGCCAUCAGCUCCGCCAUCGACCGCGGCGACACGGAGACGACCAUGCCGUCCAUCAGCAGUGACCGGGCAGCGUUGUGUGCUGGCUGUGGGGGCAAGAUCUCUGACCGCUACUACCUGCUGGCAGUAGACAAGCAAUGGCACAUGCGCUGCCUCAAGUGCUGUGAAUGCAAGCUCAACCUGGAGUCGGAACUCACCUGCUUCAGCAAGGAUGGCAGCAUCUACUGCAAAGAAGACUACUACAGGCGGUUCUCUGUGCAGCGCUGUGCCCGCUGCCACCUGGGCAUCUCGGCCUCAGAGAUGGUGAUGCGUGCUCGGGACUUGGUUUAUCACCUCAACUGCUUCACAUGCACCACGUGUAACAAGAUGCUGACGACCGGCGACCACUUCGGCAUGAAGGACAGCCUGGUCUAUUGCCGCUUGCACUUCGAAGCACUGCUGCAGGGCGAAUACCCGGCACACUUUAACCAUGCCGACGUGGCAGCGGCGGCAGCUGCAGCCGCAGCAGCUAAGAGUGCAGGAUUGGGCUCAGCCGGGGCUAAUCCGCUGGGUCUUCCCUACUACAACGGCGUGGGCACUGUGCAGAAGGGGAGGCCAAGAAAGCGCAAGAGUCCAGGACCCGGGGCAGAUCUGGCAGCCUACAACGCCGCGCUGAGCUGUAACGAGAACGAUGCGGAACACCUGGAUCGUGACCAGCCCUACCCUAGCAGCCAAAAGACAAAGCGCAUGCGCACCUCCUUCAAGCACCACCAGCUUCGGACAAUGAAGUCUUACUUUGCCAUUAACCACAAUCCCGAUGCCAAGGACUUGAAGCAGCUCGCGCAAAAGACCGGCCUCACCAAGAGAGUCCUCCAGGUCUGGUUUCAGAAUGCCCGGGCCAAGUUCAGGCGCAACCUUUUACGGCAGGAAAACACGGGUGUGGACAAGACGUCGGAUGCCACGCUGCAGACAGGGACGCCGUCAGGGCCCGCCUCGGAGCUGUCCAACGCCUCGCUCAGCCCCUCCAGCACUCCUACAACCCUCACAGACUUGACUAGCCCCACCCUGCCGACUGUGACGUCAGUCUUAACUUCUGUGCCUGGCAACCUGGAGGGCCAUGAGCCCCACAGCCCUUCACAAACGACUCUUACCAACCUUUUCUAAUGACUCGCCACCCCCUUCUCCCCGAGCCCCCACGAUUUCUUUAAAAAAGAAAUUAUCUUUAGUUGAAUUCCAAGUGUAUUUUAAAAAUAGAGGUUUGAGCAACUAACUAACCACGUUUUAGGAUCUCGCCUGGAAACAGAGGGGAAAAAAAGAAUUGUGCGUCGGGCUAACGCAGCGGUGUGUGCUGAGGAAUUACUUGGGAGAUAUAUCUGCAACACAACAUUUGUGUCCCUGUACAGUUUUGUGGACUGAGCGAGGAAAACAACAAAUAAUUUAAGUUGGCUGAGAGCUUCCGUAUUUUCAAAGACUGCCACGUGCCUUAGGAAUACUGUUUUAUCUUCAUACUUUGGAUGAAUUGUUCGUUUUUUUUCCUCUCCCUCUUUUUCUCUCUGUAUAUUUAU